AUGAGGCUGGUAUUAAUGUUCGCCUGCAUCGUGCUGUUUGGGACUGCAGGACUUGUGGUCUUCAUGCACCUGCAAGAACCAGUGGAAAUCAUCCCUCAGCAGACACAAGGAGUAAAGUAUAAUGCUCAGCGCCACCGAAACGACUGUCCACCAGGUGGCAGCCAGGAUGGGAGAGUGAUGGGUCAUAAAGCAGGAGCCUUGGCAAAAGUUACUCCCCAGGGUUCCCCAGGCGCAGAGGCACGGAGCCAGGAGCAGCAGCUGAAUGGCCUGGUGGUACUGGUGAGAGACCAGGCAAAGCCUGGGCCAGAGGGUGGCCGAGUCCAGCCCCGGCAGCGCCGGAGGAGGCUUCUCAUUAAGAAGACACCGAUCGUCAUUGCUCUGAACAGCUCCACCGUCACUCUGGCUCAGCUGGGCCCUCAGGAUGCUGGAGCCUCUGAGGAUCAGUGGCACCAUCUCUACCAGGUACAGCAUGAACGGAAGAAGAUCAUGCGGGACACGUGUGCCAAAUACAAGAGCAACAGUCGCAGGGUCAUCACUCCCUACCACGUGUCCCGCAUCUUUGUGGAGGACAAGUACCGAGUCCUGUACUGUGAGGUGCCAAAGGCCGGCUGCUCCAACUGGAAGAGGGUCCUCAUGGUCCUUGGUGGACUGGCCUCCUCCACCAGGGACAUCCAGCACAACACUGUGCACUAUGGUAACACCCUGAAGAGGCUGGAUGGCUUCGACCGCCAGGGCAUCUCUUACCGUCUCAACACCUACACCAAGAUGCUGUUCAUCCGGGAGCCCUUUGAGAGGCUGGUCUCUGCUUUCCGGGACAAAUUUGAGCACCCCAAUAGUUACUAUCACCCGGUUUUUGGCAAGGCCAUUCUUGCCAGGUAUCGUGUGAAUGCCACCCGGGAAGCUCUAAGGACAGGCUCGGGCGUGAGGUUCUCUGAGUUCAUUCAGUACCUGUUGGAUGUGCACCGGCCAGUGGGCAUGGAUAUUCACUGGGACCAUGUAAAUAGACUGUGUAGCCCUUGUCUCAUUGACUAUGAUUUUGUGGGCAAGUUUGAGAGCAUGGAGGAAGAUGCCAACUUCUUCCUGCGCCUCAUUGGUGCUCCCCGGAAUCUGACCUUCCCCAGGUUCAAAGAUAGGCACUCGAAUGAGGAACGGACAACCACAAGGAUUGCCCACCACUACUUUGCCCAGCUGUCCCCACUGCAGAGACAGCGCACCUAUGACUUUUACUACAUGGAUUAUUUGAUGUUUAACUACUCCAAGCCCUUUGAUGACCUGUAUUGACAGCUGGGGUGGGAGGGCAAAGGGUCUGGAUGUUGGGCCUGCUUCAGGGGCAAGGUCUGGGUCUGAUUCAGGGCCCAAUCUAGAAGGACAGUGUUUUUUCAGUCUGGGAGCUGGCAUUCCCAGAAACACACCUUGUAUUUCCUCAGUCUGGGAGCUGGCAUUCCCAGAAAACCUGCCCUUUCCCAGAAAGAUGCAUCCAUUGACACUAUGCCCAAGACAGCAAGAUUGUGGGGGCUCUGGCUCCCCUUAAGAAAUCAGUGCCAUGGUUGUACUCAGCUGUAGGCUGAGUGAUGGCCUCAGGAGAGGUUUGUGAGUAGGCGUUUCAAGGAGCCAUGCAGGACAGGGAGCUCAGCUCUCGUAUAAUGCCUCCUCCAUUCUAAGGCUAAAAAGGAAGGCCCCAGAAUGCAUUUGGGAUUCGGGGUAGUAAUUGUAAACCCUUGGUGUCUCAAGCAGGUAGGUACAUAAAAAACCAAGAAGCCAUGGGCUAGAGAAGUCUGAGGCCAGAAAAUUGGAGGCUGAGGCUCUGUAGAGGGGAGGGAAUUCACAGACCCCAUAUUCCUCUUUCCUUUGGCUCUGCAGGCAGAGAUCCCUGUGGAAUUGGGUUCCCAAUAAAGCACAUGUUUUCUAAGUAGUAGUUUUUGUCCAGCUUUUCCCUCCACCCCAGAUAGUCUUUUCACCUUAGGCCCCUGAAAUCUCACCUAUCUAGUGGGGCCUAUCCCAAACUCAAACGUAUACUCUAGCCCAUUAGCAUUUGUAUGAUACUCAGGCACUAGGUCAGGCUGAGGUAUCUUGUACUUGGCAUUGGGUCCCCUACCUCCUAAUUUACCCUGUGGUACAUGCAUAAGGGGGAUGGAAUUACUGUCUCAAGUUACCAUCCCAAUCCACAAAGUUCCUUUUCAUCCUUUGCAGAUCCAGUUCCCUGGAUCCCUGUGCAGUUGCCUAAAAGGCCCACCAUUUCCUCAAAGAUGGUUGGUCCAGCUGAAUGGAUGGGGUUUCCAAGUGUGAACUGGAGUUCUGGGUUGUGGCUGUUGUGAGGGUAUAACUGUGGUGUGUGGUGUGGCUGUGUGCACUACUGUGAGGGUGCCACUGUAAGGGCAUCAUGGUAUUGCUGCGUAUAUCUAGGUGUAUGCUUAAGGUUGUGAGUGUUGCCCUGGAGACUGAGCACCACGUGCCUGUCACUGAGCCACUGACACAGACAUGGUCUUAGCUUAUUAGCUUUAUAGUUAGUUGUUGGCCAGUUUUUAUGAGCUCAUCCCCAAACCACCUGAGUUGGGAGAAAUAACCCCUGAAGUAUUGACCCUCCCAUCCUCCCCUUAUUACCAGGUCUUAUCCACAUGCGUAAACACCAUCAAUGACACAAAAUACCCCCUACACAUUAGCACUCACAACUAUGUACACAUCGAGCUAUAUACAAGUAGCCUGGACAACACACAAACACCCACUAAGCGUGAGCACACACAAAAACACUGCCUAUCUCAGAAAAUCCUCAUCACCCAUUCGGACACAAAAGCACCGUGAGUCUCCCAGAAAACAGUUCAUAACCAUCUCUACACAACAAAAGGAUUCCGAAGAUAGCCCAUGCACUGGGGAGCUUUCAA